AUGGUUGCCGGCGAACACGAUUCACAGCCCACGUGCCUCAGUGAGAUCGGACAUACCGAAAACAUCCAAAACCAUGUCCUCCGCUAUCUUGGAUGUAUUGAGCGUUGGGAGCGGGAUGAGUUGUUCAAACCCGGCAAUGAUCUCUACAAACACGAGUACGACCAUAUACUACAAAGAUUGAAGGAAGAGCGAGACGAACACUCUCAAGCCAAGACGAAGAAGGGCAAGGGAAAGGAGACAGUGCUGGACAAGGAAGCAUGGCAAAAAGCUUGCGAUACAGAGAUUCGUCGCAUUGAUUAUUUGCGAGGUUGUCUUGCGAGAGAUACGGAAACUAAGCAGCUCGUCCAGAACAUAGAGGAGACUGCCACCAAAUGGAAAAAGUCCGAACAAUACAAGUAUCUGGACGAGGUAAAGAACUGGCGGUUAAAGUCAGGUCGCCCGAAUACGACGGCACAAGCGGGGGGGCCUAUAGCUUCCGGAAGUCAGGGAAAGCGGGGGAAAUACGAACCUGAGAAGGAUUACAAUUUACAUAUGAUCGAGUACGAAGAAAAGGACAUAUGGGACGGCGAGAGUGAUGGCCAACAUCAAUCAACUCCCAAAAAGCACCAUUUCUUGGAUAAUAAGAAGAAAAUUGGCGAGGUUUUCAAGGAGACGACUGACCUGAAGGAUCCAGACGCCAAUCCCCUGUAUAAAGGCGACGCUCGCGGUAAACUAAGAUACAUCCAUCUACCUGUGAACAAUAUGACCUGGGUCGAGGAAGCUAUCGCUCGAUCCUAUGGUGAAAAGCGACCCAAAUGCGAUGGAAUAUAUUGCGAACUUCACGAGAAUGAGAAGACACAGUCAUACAUGAUACUCCGUCCUCAGUUCUGGCGCGGUCAACUGCACGGCGGACGCAGCGCACCACCGCACGCCCGUCACAUGCGCGCUCUUUGUGACACAGUGUCCUCAGAUCCCAAAAGCGUGGAGCAGUCACCCAAAAACAUCGUUCUAUUCCGGGAAAAGUUUGCGCUUGAGAUUGAAAACAUUACUGAAAAGUGGAAGAAGACUAAAAAGGAAGAAGAGCAAAAGAAGAAGAACAAACGAAUAGAUGAGAGGAAACAUCUCAAGAAAGUUGUGUUCAAGCCGUGGAAACCAGCCGAAGCCGAGAAGACCAACUGGUUUGGAAUGUUCCCAGGAACCAGCAAGAUGGUCGGCAAUGCGCCGACUAGUAAUGGCCAAAUCAUCGCACCCGGUCCAGUUCCUCGUGACAAGGACAAUAAUUCCCAGAAAUGGUGCCUGCCUCUCUUUCGAGAUCCAAUCCCCCCAGUGCCGCAGCGGCCAACCCUGGAGCAACAAGACACGGGGAGAGUUGGUACGCUUCAAACCCUAGUCAAGAGAAUGGGAUACGGAAAAGUAAAGGAGGUAUUGCCAGUUGAAAACGGUCGAGUGAGGAGCAGCAGUCCUCUCGGCCAAUAUCUCAUUGAUGCAGCUAGAUUGUACGAAGAGAUGGCCAAUUACCGCGACAAAAAACUCCUUCAGGAUUAUCUUCACGCGGAGCUUCCACUUCACCCUCGUCGAACUCUGGAUCAGUCCUAUUACUGGACACUCAACACAACCAAAAAUCGAGAUCGCGACCAAGUCGUAUAUCGAAGCACUAAGUCUGACAGCUUUCACCACUUUAAUCAUAAGACAGGAAGAUGGCCGGAGCACGAUUUCCAGAAGAUAACUCCCGAACAUGGAUGUGAUGCAUGCCGGGGAAACAUCAGGAAGGUAUCAAGAGUAAUCAUGGUCGACCAGCUAUGGAUGUGGAUUCUUGACGAACAGACCAUUAUCACCUGCUUCCCGAAACGAUAUGGGGCAAACAAGCAGGAGACCGACGCAUCCAGCGUGCACAAAAAUACACUGUUUGAUCGGGUCAAGACACGGGAUCGGCAGCCCCAGGUGAUGGAUGCGUUCUCGGAAGCCAUUGGCAAUGUUACGAACAAGCAGACGGCCGCAUUCGACCGACUUUAUGGCUGGACGAAGGAGGCUGCUAAAGUCUAUCGAACCAAAAGCAAGAUAGAUCCGGAGGCAAUCUCAGACCUUCAUGUUCCACUUCUCGAUAUCUAUCCCGAGGGAAUUCUUCAGCGAGAGAUCAAAGACAUCAUAGAAGAACUCGAGAUCAUGCUGGAUAUCAACCGGACUCAAAAAAAGGUUCUCAAGGACUUCAUAUUGCAUGUUGAGCACAUUCUAGAUCCCAACAGACGUUUCUCUUUCCACGGUAGACCCUUGAGGAGGACCGGGACGAUGAAUGGGGCUGGCUCUUCAGUGAGCCAAGAUGAAAGAGGAUCGGACUCUCCAUCGGGGUAUCUGCGUCAUCCUCAUCAACAUUCAUCCUCGUUUUCGAAUCACCAAGGAACCGACGAGCACACGAACAACAAAGACGAGACAGAUAACAAACGUCAAAUUUACGAUUGGUUCAAAGUCAAUGCUGAAGAGCUUGUGGCAAAGGUAGUCAAGAGAAUAGAAGAUUUGGAGGUACUCGUACGGACGGCUGAAAGCACCUCAAGUAGCUUGACAGAUCUGCUUGCUCUGAAACAACAACAAGCAAGUGUUGUCCAAGCUUGGCAGUCAGUUAAACAGUCUGAGGAAGCUGUUAGCCAAGGGCGGUCGAUCAUGAUGUUUACCGUUGUUACGAUUUUCUUCCUUCCUUUGUCUUUCAUGGCAAGCGUCUUCGGCAUGAACGCCUCCGAAUUUGGCCAAGGCACCGUCAAACUCGCCCAUGAAUUCAAAUACAUGUUUCCCAUCUCUUUCCUUAUGAUCAUACCGAUAUUUAUCCUUGCUUUCAGCACCUGGAUACGUGCCCUGAUUUGGUUCACCUACAAGUACGCAGUAACACACACAGUUGCCAAGAUCGGUGUAUACAGCCUUUGGCUAAAGUGGGGCUUGACGAGCCGUACACUUCUAGACACCGCAGCUACAGAGACAGAGAAAUUGAAGAGUGACGUCAGAGAACGGAAAUGUCGCCUGCGAAAAGAGAAGAGGGAGAAGCAGGAGGAAGAAUGGAAGAAACAGGAGGAAGAGUCGAAGAAUAAAACUGGUCCUCAGCAGCCAAACGGCCCAAACUCCACAGGUCCACCUAGGACUCCCAGCACAGCUGUUGAGAAUCAUGGAACGGCAGCUCCCCGUCGAGCCGUCGAGACCGUCUAA